AUUUGCAGGAGCCAACCCAACGGACGUCAAAGGCAAAGCGCUUGUCCGAGCUACACUGGAGACUAGUAGGUAAGGUGCGUAAUCCUCACCCCCAUUCCCCAGGAUCGAAAUCGGAGUGAAGUGAAGUGAACUGAACCGAACGGUGGACGAUGCUGGCAAGUCCGAGAGCACAAACACCGACAUCACAACAACCACAGGAGUCAUGGGAAUCAAUGCUCCCAGGCCCACCCAGUCGCAACAACUUUGGAUCCGCAGAUCUGAGCCCUCACGGCCUCAUGGCAUUCCCUUCAGGCAGUUCCAUCUCCAUCGUCGACACGCGCUCCAUGCAAUUACUCACCUCAUUCCCCAUCCCUCCGCCACCGUCCUCCGCCGCACCCUUCGUCACCACCCUCCGUUGGUCCCCUCUUCCCCUCAGCCGCCACCUCCUUUCCUCCGAACCCUCCUCCUCUCACCUCCUCCUCGCCGCCGGCGAUCGCCAAGGCCGCAUUGCGCUCCUCGAUUUCCGCCUCAAGAACGCGCUCCUCUGGUUCGAUACCGACUCCAAACAAGGCAUUCAGGACCUCUGUUGGGUCCAGGCCCGGCCCGAUUCAUAUCUUCUCGCCGCUAUUAACGGACCUUCCACUCUUUCCCUCUACAACGCUUCCACCGGACGCUGCGUUUGGAAGUACGACGCUUCACCUGAAUACUUCUCCUGCAUUCGCCGCGAUCCCUUCGAUUCGCGCCGCAUCUGCGCCAUCGGCCUCAAGGGAUUUCUCUUGUCAAUCGUGCUUCUCGGCGAUUCUGAGGACAGCGUCGUCAUCAAAGAGCAUCAGAUUCGGACCGAUUCUAGCGAGUUGCUUAAGCUCGAGAGAGAUGCUGCUAGUGCAUCGUCGACGGCGACUUCGGCGGCUCCGUCGCCUGCGUCCGCGACGUUUCCUCUUUAUGCCGCGAGGUUCGCCUUUUCCCAGCAGUGGCGGCACAUUUUGUUCGUCACGUUUCCGAGGGAAUUGAUUGUGUUUGACUUGCAGUAUGAGACGGUGGUUUUUUCUUCAGCGUUGCCUCGUGGUUGCGGCAAGUUUCUUGACGUGUUGCCUGAUCCGAAUAACGAGUGGAUCUACUGUGCUCAUCUUGAUGGCAAACUCAGUGCCUGGAGGAGGAAACCUGGGGAACAGGUACACAUUAUGUGUGCAUUGGAAGAGUUAAUGCCAUCAAUUGGUACCUCUGUCCCUUCUCCUUCAAUACUUUCUGCCCUUUUAUGCCAAUCAGAUUCCACACUUCAGAGAAUUGGCAAAAAUUAUUCUGAUCUACCUAGUUCUCCUUACCUUCGCGAGGAUUUUGAGGAUUUUGAUAAUCCUUUUGAUUUUUGUGACGAGUCUAAUACUGUUUCUAAGAUCCAUUUGAUCUCCAUUUCUGAUGAUGGAAAAAUUUGGAACUGGCUCAUGACUGCUGAAGGGCAUGCAGAAUCUCAAAAGGAUGAUAAGAGUGGACGGGAUUUAAAUGUAGGCAGGCAACAAGAGAGGUUCAAUGAUAGUAGAAGCCGGCUGCAGAGCUCAAUCUUCGACCAGGAGGAAAUUUUAAUGAAGAUUAGCUUAGUUGGACAGCUUCAGCUUCUUUCUUCAACAGUGACUAUGCUGGCAGUACCAACCCCUUCUCUAACAGCCACUCUGGCCCGUGGUGGAAAUUGUCCAGCAGCAGCUGUUCCCCUGGUUGCUUUGGGAACACAGAGUGGGACAAUAGAUGUUGUUGAUGUUUCUGCCAAUGCUGUUGCAUCAAGUUUAUCUGUACAUAAUGGUGUUGUUAGGGGACUACGAUGGCUAGGAAAUUCCAGAUUGGUUUCAUUUUCUUAUACUCAGGCUAAUGAAAAAUCCGGAGGAUAUAUUAACAAGCUAGUUGUGACCUGCCUUCGGAGUGGCCUAAACAAGAUGUUCCGAGUUAUGCAAAAACCAGAACGUGCGCCAAUAAGAGCAUUGAGAACAUCUUCGUCAGGAAGGUAUCUUCUAAUUUUGUUUCGUGAUGCACCUGUAGAAGUUUGGGCAAUGACUAAAAAUCCCAUCAUGCUUAGAUCAUUAGCUCUUCCAUUUACGGUGUUGGAAUGGACUCUUCCAACAGUUCCACGUCCUUCUAAAGAUCAGACAUCAGGGGCAUCAGAUGAAGCAUCUAAACCAUCAAAGACUUCCUCCUUAGAUUCAACAGAGGGUUCAAGCACAGAGGGAUCCCAUGAUGACACGUCUGAAAGUUUUGCAUUUGCUCUGGUGAAUGGGGCACUUGGAGUUUUUGAAGUACACGGUCGAAGAAUUCGAGAUUUCAGACCAAAAUGGCCUUCUUCAUCAUUUGUAUCAUCGGAUGGAUUGAUUACUGCAAUGGCCUACCGCUUGCCUCAUGUGGUCAUGGGAGACAGAAUGGGAAACAUAAGAUGGUGGGAUGUGACAACUGGACAUUCUUCCUCAUUCAACACUCACAGAGAAGGAAUCCGGCGGAUCAAAUUCUCACCUUUUGUACCAGGGGACCAUAGCCGUGGACGUAUUGCUGUUCUGUUUUAUGAUAACACUUUUUCUGUAUUUGAUUUGGACUCACCAGACCCCUUAGCCAAUUCACUUUUGCAACCUCAAUUUCCUGGAACACUUGUAUUGGAACUUGAUUGGUUGCCCUUGCGAACUGAUAAAAAUGAUCCAUUAGUACUGUGCAUUGCUGGAGCAGAUGGUAGCUUUCGCCUUGUUGAAACUAACGUAAAUGAUAAACGAUUUGGUUAUUCACCCCUGAUCAGAAAUACAAAGGAAAGGUUCCGAUCAAUGCCUAUAUGUUGUCCCAUAUUACUUCCUUCACCACAUGCCCUGGCAUUGCGCAUGAUUUUGCAAUUGGGUGUUAAACCUUCUUGGUUUAAUACUUGUAGUACGACCAUAAAAAAGAGACCUCACUUAAUUCCAGGAACUCCUUCAUCUACAGGGGAUCUUCGUACAUACAUGAUCAACAUACCACCUCUUGGUGACUCGGUGGUGCCGGAGAUGCUUUUAAAAGUAUUGGAACCGUAUAGAAAAGAAGGUUGCAUGCUUGACGAUGAGAGAGCAAAGUUGUAUGCUAGUAUUGUGGAUAAGGGUUGUGCUGCAAGGUUUGCUUUUGCUGCUACAAUAUUUGGUGAAUCCUCAGAAGCCCUGUUUUGGCUACAGCUGCCUCAGGCACUUAAACAUUUGAUGAACAAGUUAUUGAGAAAGCCUCCACCAAAAGGGCCCACAGCAGAUUCUAUCUCGGAGGUUGAUGAAACAUCUCUACUGUCUAGGAUAUCAUCAAAGGGAAAACCAACACAAGAAAUGGGGAGAGAUGAAUUGAGUCAAGGUCAACUUAGGUUGAUGGCUUUUGACCAUGAAGAAUUAUGGAAAAGUGCUAGUGAGCGUAUUUCUUGGCAUGAAAAAUUAGAAGGUGAAGAGGCUAUACAGAAACGAGUACAUGAGCUUGUUUCAGUUGGAAACCUAGAAUUUGCAGUUAGUUUACUGCUGUCUACACCUCCGGAGAGCUCCUACUUCUAUGUUAAUGCUCUUCGUGCAGUUGCUCUCUCUUCUGCCGUUUCAAGGUCUCUUCAUGAACUUGCAGUGAAGGUUGUUGCAGCCAACAUGGUGAGGGCUGACAGGUCACUCUCUGGCACUCAUCUUCUAUGUGCAGUUGGAAGAUAUCAAGAAGCAUGUUCUCAGCUACAAGACGCUGGGUGCUGGGCGGAUGCUGGAACUUUAGCUGCUUCUCACUUAAGGGGAUCAGAUUAUGCAAGAGUGUUGCAAAGAUGGGCUGGACAUGUUCUGCACACUGAACAUAAUAUCUGGAGGGCUCUAAUUUUGUAUGUUGCCGCUGGUGCACUGCAAGAGGCAUUGGCAGCUCUUCGUGAGGCUCAGCUACCUGACACAGCUGCAAUGUUUAUCCUUGCAUGCCGUGAAAUCCAUUCAGAAACAGUUUCUAACCUAAAUAUUACUGAUGAUGAAUCGAAUUCAUCAGUUAAGGAUGAGCUACUAAACUUGCGUGCUUUAGAUCCAAAGAAUGAAGAUGUUAUUGCAGUUGGUGAGUAUUUUGGACAAUACCAAAGAAAAUUGGUGCAUCUAUGCAUGGAUGCGCAGCCAUUCUCUGACCAAGUAUAGUGCUCGAUGAAAUGGAUUCAAAAUUUUCAUUUAUAUUCGUGAAACUGUUGGAUUGGUAACUCUCCGCAUGAAAAGAAAGUUGUAGGCUGAUUGUGGUUCCACUACCACCUGACUCCUGCAUUCUUUUCUGUCAAUGAAUCUGAUGCUUUCAUUGACUUGCCAAACCCAAAAAGUGUAUGAUGGAAAGCAUUGGAGAAGGGAUGGCAUGGAGCGUAAGUUUUUUAAAAUUUAAAGGUGGCUAUACCAGAGUCCGAUAUGAAACAGUCAUUGAUUACAAUUAAAAUGGUUUGCGUGAUCUUUUUAAAUUUACAAUUACAUGGGUUAAUUAAUUAACCCCUUGUAGCUCUUGUAUAAAAUUUUGUCGACAACAAAUUAUUGAAGUGUAUUUGUAUGUUAGUUGAUUUAUAGGACACUGAAAUGGUUGCAUCUACAUUUAAAUGCAACGUGAGAAUGUUACUUCAAAUGUGUUACUUAUAAUAUUCGAUUUUUGAGGGUGUUGG